GAAAAAGCGCCAAGUUCUACGUCCAACUCUGCUCGACGAAGUUGUCCGUCUGUUUACCGUUUACUGUCGAGCCCUUAGACGUGCGGUUGGCACUGCACGAAAAAUGUAACCGACGUCGUUUAAGAGUCGUUAGCGCGAACAUUGCGCUGCAGGAUUGGUAUUUCAGCCUGAUUUCGCUCCCAGUUUUGGCGUGGGCGGGGCAAAAAAAAAUGCCCGGCCUAGAGGGCGAGGGAGUCGUGGCUGCGCUCGGAAGCCCCUUCAAAAAGAGCCGCCUCUCACUGAAGUUUUUUCAGAAGAAGGAAGCCAAGAGAGCGCUAGAUUUCUCCGAGACUCAGGCUGAGGAGCCCAUUGCCGCAGAACCCGAAGAAACCACAAGUUGUGACCACGUUGUCCCAGUGCCUUGUCCCUCAUCGAUUCCUUGCGGAAAAAGAGAGAGUCUUGUCCCCUUUGUGGGUCUUAACAAUCUGGGAAACACUUGCUACCUGAACAGCAUUCUUCAGGUCUUGUAUUACUGCCCUGGUUUUAAAGAUGCUAUUAAAACCUUGUAUCAUUUGUCUAAAUUGAAAGACAAACAGAAAGAUGAUGAUGCUAAAAGUAAAGAGCAGGGAGACCCUCAUGUUGAGUCCAUGCGUGUUCAAAUGGAACUCCUGAGCAGUUUCUACAGCCUAAUCACCUCAGUGGAGCAGCUGCAGUCCAGCUUCCUUUUUAACCCAGAGAAAUACAGUGAAGGAGAGCUGGCCACACCACCACGCAAAGUGCUCUAUACACUUAGGCAGCUGAAUCCCAUGUAUGAAGGCUUUCUGCAGCAUGAUGCACAGGAGGUUCUGCAGUGCAUUCUUGCAUACAUCCAGGAGGCCUGUGACACCAUUAAAAAAGAACUGAAUAGCAACCAAGAUAAGCCCAAAAAAAACACUGGAGAGGGUGACUUAAUUAGCACAGGAGACAAAAAAGCUGAUCUGCUCACAACUACCCAAGAGGAAGAAGAGGGUUCUGACAGCCAGCUGAGUGGGAAAAGAAAAAGUGAUACAGAAGCGGGCAACGCCAAGAAAAAGCCCAAGUCUCAGAGCAAACAAAACAAAUGUGAAGAAGGGAGCAAGCCUUUUACCCGGUCAAAGAGAAAGUCUUCUGGUGAUGUCAUGAAAAACCCUGUUGGUGAGCAGAGGACCGAGGGAGAGGGGGAAGAGAAGGAACAAGGCAAGGAGAGAGCAAGCAACACCGAAGAGGUGAAGAGUGAAGGGACCCUGAAAGAAGUGAAUAAAAGCAAAAAAAGAGCAAAGCUGAGCUGGCUCAAGUCUUCAGGCAAGCAGCCCAGCAUCUUCUCCAAGUUUCGCAGCAUGGGUAAAAUCAGUUCUCACAUUGCGGAAAGAGCCGAUGGAAAGGCAGAUUACCCCAAGCCCAGUGAUGAUCAGAGACCUCAGGGCCAGGAGAAGGCUGCCCCUGAAAAGGAGAAUCCCACACCCAUGACACAUCAGUAUGGUGCAAUGAGAGAAGAACUACAUGCCUUGGACAUGCUAAAGCAGCUGUUUCAGGGUCAGCUUGUGCUGCGGACACGCUGCCUGGAGUGCGAGUGCUGUACCGAGAGGAGAGAGGACUUUCAAGACAUAAGUGUACCAGUCCAAGAGGAUGAGACCAGCAGCUCAAAUUCCAGUUCAGAAAUUUCUCCAGAUCCUAAGCCUGACCUAAAGACGCUAAAGUGGGCCAUCUCUCAGUUUGCGUCAGUGGAGCGGAUCGUUGGGCCAGAUAAGUACUUCUGUGAGACCUGCCGUCACUACACAGAGGCUGAAAGGAGUCUGCUGUUUGACAAGACCCCUGAAGUGGUUACAAUUCACCUGAAGUGUUUCUCGGCCAGUGGCUCAGAGCUGGACCCAUACGCUGGACUGUCCAAAGUGAACACUCCUCUCCAAACUCCUCUCCAGCUCUCGCUGGAGGAGUGGUGUACACAACCCACUGCCUCAGACCAAGGGCACCAGUACAGGCUUUUUGCUGUAGUCAUGCACAGUGGGGUCACCAUCAGCAGUGGACAUUACACCACCUACAUCCGCAUGACAGACCUCCAUCACACCAACCUCAAGUCCCAGCCUGCGGAGGAAGACGACAGAGACGAGGGCGGAGAGACAAAGAAAGAGGCUUUUGAGCCAGACUACGACGAUGGGGAGGUGUCGUUUUGCUUAAGCCGAAGACUGACAAACGCGACUAGUGAAACCGCAGCGGCUGCCGCAGCUAGCAAAGCAGGAGGGAAAAGGCUUUCAGAAGGCGUGGGCCUCUUGGGCGGACAGCGGAGCGUCUCCAGCUACGAGCUUGGCAGCAGCAAACAGUCCGUUUCAGAGAAGCCUGGUUGCUCAAACAGUGCUUCUGUGCAGAAUGAAGGCCUGAAAAAAGAGGGAGUGGAAGAGGAGGGAGAUGCCAGGAGACAGGAGAGCAAGGUGAGCUUUGACUCAGCUCUGCAGAACCUUGUGCACUACGAGGGGAAGUGGAUGCUGUUUGAUGACUCGGAGGUGAGGCUCUUCGAGGAAGAGGACUUCCUCAGAGCCUGCUCUCCUGAGACCUGCUCCACCUCCACACCUUAUCUCCUCUUCUACAAGAAGAUUACAGGAGAAAUAAACUGAUGGCUUCAGUCCAUAACCAUGACAUUGUAUUAGUCACUUCCGUCUGUUAUUGAAGAUUAUUAAUGCAGAAGAAAGUUGUGAUGGGUUUAAUGCGUAAUGCACAGAGGUAGACACAUGCCAUGACAGCCUCUUUUUGAGGGGUUCUCUUUCAGGCAUUUGUAUAUCUUAUGUUCCCCUUUCUUUGUAACCAGUCUGACAUGAAGGCCACCGACGUUUGGACAGCCCUCACAAAAUGCACCUUGCUGGCUGUAGUGUACUUAUUGUUUCUGCAAUUCAAGCUUUUCGUGUUUGACUGCCUGCUACAAUUAGUUUGCUUAUGCACUGGUCUUUAUUUUUUGGAAUUUCUUUUAAAGAACACUUGUAUAUUUCCUUUUAAUCCUGCAUUAUUGCUUCAGGUUAUUUGUGAAGGGUAGUUGAGAGUAAACAAAGCAAUGUAUUGUUUAAUCAAGGGUGGAUGUUCUUUGAUAAAGCAAGAAAACAAACCCAGCUUGGAGUGUUCCUGCUGCUUGCUGGACUGAUUGAAAACAGACCAAUUGAGUUUAGAUUUGUGUUGUGUGUGCAUUGUCUAAGAGUAAUGGCAUAACUAACCUUUUCAAUACCUCAUUCCUGUGAAAGCUUUUUUUUUUUUUCUCCUUCUUUUCAAUGUGAUAAUUAGGUAUUAUGCCACAGAGCUAAACCACUUACCUUUAACUUUUAAUAAGCUUGAUCCAAGUCCUUGAGCACAAAAACAGCAGAUUGACUAUUAGAUAUAUAAACAAGUUAUAUAGAUUGGAAGCAGUACUGCACCAAGAGACAGCUGUGUAGCUAUUCAGUAGGAUGCUCCAAGGAAUUAGUCCCUGGUUUCCACUGCAGUCAUUGGUGUAAAAGCUGAAGCCAUUGUAAAAGCAAUAAAACCAGACUUUAUAUUAUUUUAUGGAGAAGGAACUACUGACUCCAUUAAAGCUGUUGCAGUACAUGUGGGGAGAGGGAAAUGAAUGUAAAUGUCCUUGACUUUUCUAUUUUUUCCUAUUUCUGUAGAUUUUCUUAUACCUCUAUUAAAUGUUAGCAUCUUUAAAAAGCUAACUAGUAUUGCUGUUGACUACAUUAAAAUAAAACACAUUGCAUUAAAAUAUUUAUUUAAUAAAAUACUUAAAGGUAAACAAAAGCUACAUAAAAAUUCAAGAAUGUUUAAAACAUUUCAAUAAGAAGUGUAACCAAAAAAGAUAGUGGUACCUUUUUUUGCAUGUUUUUCAUUCGGAUUAAAUAGUAAACUUUCAAAGUUGUACCAUGUGUUGUAAAAUGCAUUAGGACAAAAAAAAAAAAAAAAAAAGUGCACACAGGAUAUUGAAUACAGUUUUGACACAUAUGCUUUCAAUCUGAAUGACGAACAGGCCCUUUUUGUAAAUGCAUACAAAAUUGGAAUGACAUUCCAUCUCAACACUUUAGCUUUUUCACUUUGUGGGAAACACUGAUUUUUUUUUUUUUUUAAUGAUCAUUGAAUAUUUACAAACAAAUAAAUAAAAAUCAGGGUCUCUUUAGAAUUUCCUCUUCUUCACAUUUCAAAUUUCCGAAGGCUCAUUCUGCUGAAGGAGUCCCUGGGGGGGAGGGGGUAAAUAGACAUUUCUGAAUAGGACAAAUUACAAUGAUCAGAUUUAUAGUCCGAUCUAUACCUAUGCCUGAUAAAUGGUACACUCAACAUUGAUCAAAUACUACAGUAAGCACUAAAUUAUUUGGAUAUGGAUACCUUUUCAAGCUGUCCGUUUGCUGCUUGUCAAAAUAAAGGUUUAUCAGACACAGUA